UAGGGUGGCGCCUCACAUUUGUCCUGUGCAGUUUGUGACGAAUCCUCUUUUAUUUGCACCUCUAGCUAGGGUCGUUGUAGUGGUCUCUCUCUCACCAAUCUAGCCAUUCACUCAUCCAUUCUUAACUUGUUGGAUUGGAUAUCUUCAUUUCCACCUUCUGGACUACUGAGUUUCUUUGCGCAGAGAAGAUAAGAGGUUUCCGUGAAUGAAAUUAGCUUUAAGGGCGUAAUAUUGUUAGUUCCAUCAUUCUUUCCAACCAAUAAUUUGAUGCGCAUCGAUUAUUUGCCUUUCACAAAUUCGAGUGCGGGUAUUUCUUCCAUAUAUUUUUCGUGAGUAAACUAAGUAAUCGUGACGAUACCGCUUUCUCACUGGAUGAUAGUAGCUAUUCCUAUACUCUGACCUCUAUUGAACGUAGCCUACUAUCCAUCACCAAGACUGUUGCGUUCUUCCAGAGACACCACACGGUGCAGGCUACUCAUCGGAUGACAGUCCGCCGCAAUCCGUAGCCAAUCAAGUGCUCUCUUUUAUUUUCGGGAAUGCAAUAACGUUUUGGGGUGCCUUUGAUCGUGGUAAAACUCAAGAGGAAUACCGCAAGUUGAGGAAACGAACAAUGUAACACCCACAGUGCCCGACAAGGCUUAGUUUGGUUUGGUCUCGAGACGACGACGCUGUGUAUCUGUCCAUCUGUCCAUCAUCGUCUCCUCCCACCUGUGAUCUGCUGCCCUGGGGUUUCCUCUCCUGCCCUCAGAACACUCUUCUGAUGUUUUAAAGCACACUUUGCUGAACAAUUUGAUGGAGAGCUGGUCGGAUGACAGCUGGAACUGUUGUCAUAACCGGAGGAAUUCUCGCCACGGUGAUACUCUUGUGUAUCAUAGCAGUGCUUUGUUACUGUAGACUCCAGUAUUACUGCUGUAAGAAGAAUGGGUCAGAAGGGGACACCAGCUCCGUCACGCAGCCCCACUUUGCCUGCAACGCAUGCAGUGCUCCCGGGGUGGACGGGGCGGCCAUCACUCCCCUCUCCCUCUCCCCGGAACCCCCUGCCUCCCACGCCACGGGCCCCCCCAGUAACUACUGUCCCACCUGUUCGCCCUACGAAUCGCCCUUCUACAUCCGCACCACCGACGAGAUGCGCAACGGCGGUGAGCGCAUCACAUACAUGCCCACGCACUAUGAGAACCCAGCGCUGGCUCUCGCCCUGCCCUCCCUGCACGGCUCCCUGUUGAGCACCGGCCAGCAUCGCAGCAACCCAGCACCGGAUUUCUACACCAACACUCGCACUAUAAGUACAGACGUGUGACCCACUUUCUAUGUCCUGGUGGCUCAAUUGGUUGGUGCGUGGUGUUUUCUACUGCAGGGUUGUGAGCUCAAUCCCUGCAUAGGCCAUGCACUGUACACAGAAUAUUUGUUCAUUGUUGCUUUGGAUAAAAGAGACUGGUAAAUGACUAUGUUUUUAUGAGGGUGGUCUCUGGUAGCCACUGUGUCUCUCUGCUGACAACUACAGAGAAGAGGAUGAAAAAGGAGCAUUGACAGACAACAUGAAGCGUUGACCUUUUGACCUGGUCAUGCACUUCCUGGUUCUUUCUCCCUACACUGUGUCAGCUAGCUUCCAGCUGGAUUCGAGUACACUAAAACAGUAUUGUUUUUUAAACAGAGGCAGCUAUCAUGUUGGUUGCUGUUUAAUUAAAAACUAGACUCCUGUAAUACAGAGGCAGGGAGCAUCCCUUAGUGUUCAAUAGACCAAGACCUAUACACUGUCUGGCGAGGUAGUGUGGGGGAUUCCAAUCUUCACUGUUCGAAGGCUAUCUAUAUCAUGGUUGUACCUGGACCUACUCUUGCCAUUUCCCUGUAUCUGCCUAAAGAGAUUCUGUUGUUUGAUUCUGAAUUACAAAUGAAAGCAAUUAGCAUUUUCAAGCGAAAGUAAUCAGAAGAAGAUGAACAAUGAGUAAUGUAGCAAAAAUAGUGAAGAGACCCUAACUACUUCAGAGCUUUCUCUAUGCAAGUUCUAUGCACGCAAAACCCGAAAUGGUUGGAGAGAAAAGCUUAACAAUGCAGCUGUCCACCUUCUUUGUUUUUUUUCUCCAAAUGUUUGUCAUAUGUAACUGUAACUAUUGAAAGACUGUUGUCUAUUGUUUUCUGUUAUUGAAAGAGGUAUGUAGCCUACCAUGGCUACUUUUGAGACGAUGGAAUUUGAUCGCACACUAUAAAAAUUGGAAUAUUACAGUUUAAAGAUAGUUUUAAAUUCAGGACAGGGGCAUUUUGUAAGUGUGUGAUGCAGUAUUGCAGUUGGUGAUGAUUUGUCUGUUUGUCUCUGUACCUGGGUCAUUGAGUGGACUACCAUUCUACCAGUCUUUACGCAGAACACUGAAGCUACAGUGCGGUUGAAAUGAACAUAUUGUACUUCUCUUUAUAGACAAUGACGCAAAAAGUUGGAAAUGUAUAUAUUACCGAAUGCAUUGAAAGCAUUUAUAUUUAUUUGUUUGUCUCCUUGAUUAACUGGCUGAUUACUUUUUGGAUUCUGCCGUGAUGCAUUUUGAAUUGGGACGUGCAAGUCUGCUAUGAUUUAGAUGUAGUUUGUGCCAUUUGGUGUCCCACUCUUCUGAUCCCCUAAUUGUUGAUUCUAUUAACUGUACACAUCCAUGACACAUUUUAGUGUUUAUUUCAACUUGUGAAGAACUUGAAAUACAAUAUUUAUGUAAUUGGUAACAGAAUACAUAAUUAUUAACCUUGUUAUAUGGCACUCAUUUGUAACUAAUAUUAGACAACAUUGCUUGCCAUGUAUGAUGUUAUUUUGCCCUUGUGUCUUUUUAUGUUUUAGUGUGAAAAAGAUUAGAUUGAUUGAAACAGCAAAGCAAAAACUAAGGACAUGUAUGAUAGAGGUGAUACUAAUUUUACUAUAGGUUUCUGAAAGCACCCCCAUCAGCUACUUCUGUAUAGAGCUGAAAAGCCCUAUACCCUAUCAUACCUGUGACAACAGCAAUUCUCAUAUAGAUACAACAAUACCAAGGUAAACAGACAUUUGUCUAUUAAGUCCUUACACUUUUGAUUAGAUGUCCCAAGUUUUUGCACCAGUGCAAGUCUUGUACUUGUAUUUUUGUCCAACAUUAAAUAAAGGAAUGCAUAUAUUGGAAAAAAUGCUGUAAGAGGUAGAUUGAAGCAGGAAGCUGUUAAAUCAUUAUUGUCCAUGAAAAGCAGUUUUGUGUUAGGGUGAUGUUUCUAGUGUUUAUUUGCUCUUUAUAAAAGGGUGAAAAGUGUGUGUCUGUUCAAAAGCUUCUAUAAAUCUGUCAAUUUAAAUCCAAGUAAUGGCCUUGGAUUAGACAAAACAUUUCAAUUGAGAAUAUCUACAGAAUUACAUGUCCCAUAAGGAUGCAUUUUCAUAUUUAAUUGCUGUUGGUUUAGGUUAUUCAUAAAAUAACUAACAGAUUUUUUGAAAAUACUAUGCUAAAACAAAAGGGUGAUAUAUUAAAAGAGAAACAAACAAACAAAAAAUAUUUCAGUGUUACCUUUUGACAAUUAAAGAUUUAUAACUGCU